CACUAACAUAACUAAUGCGCAUACUCUCGAAGACCACAUUUAUAGGGUGGUAAAAUGGACUCCUUUUCCAUUCCAUACAAUUAUAUAUUCUGCAGUAAUGAAAACCGCUACUAAAUAAAAACAAAGUGUUACACAAAACAAUGGAUAUACUUCCGCUCAAUUUGACGCAUUUAUAUGAAUUAGAAAUAACUCUCAAUCGCAAUGUUCAAAAGCAAAUGCGCUUUACCGAACAAUGGCUAAGAGACAUAAAUACCUACCUGGAUCCACAAAUGGUAAUGGACGCUUGGCUGCCAUUGUUUGGAGCAUUCAGUCACAAAUUGUUGGUACGUUUGGCAGUCUCGGCUAGUAUCCUUAAUGUUGUCACUUCCCUGUUUAAAUGGAUUUGUCCAGAGUACCGACCAAUUUGGUGGCUGCGUGAAUUCGAAAGCAAAUACAAAUUCCGUGGUUUUAACUUGGACGCAAAUACCUGUGACACAAGUGCCGGCUUUCCUUCGAGUCAUGCGGUUACCUUUACCACCUUUGCCUUUAUAUUGUUCCAUUGGCUGUUGGUAAAACUGGGCAAAUGCUGUAACAUGAGUAAUUUUGAAAAGUAUAUUUUGAUAUAUGGGUUUGUUUCACUGCCUUUGGGAUUGUUGUGGACUGGACGUUUAUAUUUCCUUACGGAAUUCCUGCAUCAAUGCAUUGGUGGUAGCUUAUUUGCUUUGCUUGGCGUUCAUUUUUUUAAUCGAUAUUCAGCGCUGUUGUUGAAAUUGCAUAAAUGGAGUACUGUUGUGUGGGUGAUGGUGCUGGGAAUGUUACCUGCGGCAGUAUACUUUGCUAUGAUAUAUCUGGUGGAUAUGGAUCCGCAUUGGUCAGUGAGAAUGGCUUUCAAGUGGUGUUCGGAGGUGACAUUGAUGCGUCAUGAGGCUGGCCCCAUUUAUGUACUAUUUCGUGAUUUUGGAUAUUUGUUAGGCGUUGCAUUAUCAUGUCCCCUGCUACAUAAUUACAAAAACAACAACGGCAGCCUUUACAAACGUCUACCGGCCACUGCCAUUGUGAUGUUUCUAAAUUUUACAGCUCUACGAAAUACUCCGAAACAUAUGGGUCGUUGGAUAUUUCUCGUUUAUGAAUUAGUUCGUAAUUGCAUACAUUCGUAUACAUUGUUAACGAUUUUCCCUAAAAUUUCCAAGUAAAUUUUUUGUUAAAUUCAAAGUAGUUAAGUAUUUAGAAAUAUAGAGUACAUACUUUUAGCAUUGUUUGAUAAUAAAAUUAGCAACAUUUAACGUUUA